AUGGCAAUUGCUCACGUUGCGACAGAAUAUGUUUUCUCUGAUUUUUUAUUGAAAGAACCGAGUGAAUCGAAAUACAAAGGCGUGCGGCUUGAACUAGCUGUGGAUAAACUGGUCACAUUUAUUGCCGUCGGACUUCCAUUGUUACUUAUCUCACUUGCAUUUGCCCAGGAGGUGUCUGUUGGAACACAGAUCAGUUGUUUUGCCCCAACUAACUUCUCGUGGAGACAGGCGGCGUAUGUGGACUCAUUCUGCUGGGCGGCUGUGCAGAAACAGCCAACAGAGCCAGACAACAGACCCCUCUGGCUCCAUAAGUUCUUUCCGUAUAUUCUGCUCUUAGUGGCUAUUCUCAUGUACAUCCCUGCUGUUUUUUGGCGCUUUACUGCGGCUCCUCUUCUCUCCUCUGACCUGAACUUUAUUAUGGAGGAGUUGGAUCGCUGUUAUAACCGUGCCAUCCGUCUGGCUAAGAGCUUAGCAUCCAGCCUGGACCCCAAAGACUCAUCAGAGGAUCCCCACAGUGCACUGGAGCUGACGGAGGGCUGCUUCAAGUACCCUCUAGUGGAGCAGUAUCUGCAGACCAAGCAUUUUUCUCGUGGUUUGGUGCUGAAAUACUUGCUCUGUCGUGGCUUGACUCUGCUCACGCUGCUGCUGGCUUGCCUGUACCUGGCGUACUAUGUGCGUCUGGCUUCUCUGAGCGACGAGUUCUCCUGCGACAUGCGCACGGGGGUCCUGCUGAACCGCAGCGACGUCCCCGAGGCCGUGCAGUGCAAGCUGGUGGCUGUGGGUGUGUUCCGACUGCUCAGCUACAUUAACCUGGUCGUGUACCUGCUGCUGGUGCCCGUCGUCGUGUAUGCUGCGCUGGCGCCCACGCGACAGAACUCCCGUUUCCUUCGACCCUACAUGAUCUUGCCCGGCUUUGGUGUCCUGGACUUGACCACGGGCUUGUACGAUGACCUCAGUGUUUACUUGCUCUUCCUGAAGGAGAAUCUGAGCGAGCUCAAAUCUUACAAGUGCCUGCAGGUGUUGGAGUUACUGCGGGAGCGAGGGGGAGAGGCUUUUGACACCAUGUGUUUGCUGAGGACACUGGGCCAGGUUAAGACAGAGGUGGUAGAUGGAAAACCAGCAUCUGUUAUUAAGGGCAACAAACAACCAGUAAAGACAGGAGAGGAGGAUAAUGCUUCUGAGCUUAAAGAUGUCUCUACAGUGCUGCUAGAAGAUGAAAAACAGAAGGAUAAACCGUGCAGUUGUGGGAAGAACGUGCGACAGAGGGUGGUUUGA